CGAUUUUUUUUGUUGGUCUCAGACCAUUUCAAUUUUUUUUUCUGUUGGUCUCGGAGAAACGAAGAGCAGAGCAAAAUACACAGAGAGAGCGCGAGAGCGAUAAACAGAGAGAGAGAGAGAGAGAGAGAGAGAGAGAGAGAUGGGUAGAGAGGUCUCAGAGAGCUGCGUGGACAGUCUACUAACAGAGAUGGUCUCUAUGUACUGCAAUCGACUAUACGCCAAUAAGCCUGAGCUCGCCGCCAGCAGGAUCGACGCUAUUGGCUACCAGGUCGGCCACCAGCUCUCCGAGCGGUACACAAUGGAGAGGCCUCGGUUUACUGAUCAUCUAGAUGCAAUUAAGUUCAUCUGCAAGGACUUCUGGUCCGAGCUCUUCAAGAAGCAGAUAGACAACUUAAAGACCAAUCAUAGGGGUACUUUUGUAUUGCAAGAUAAUCGAUUUCGUUGGGUUUCACGCAUGUCCCUUGAUCCGUCUUCUGAAAGCGGAGACUUAUCUCAAGAGAAUUCUGAGGCUGCGGAUGAAAGCAAGGCAGCACAAGAACCAAACAUGCAUCUCCAUUUCUCAUGUGGAGUCAUAAAGGGGGCUCUUCAUAACUUGGGGAUUGCUUGUGCUGUUUCUGCUGACACAUCCCAGCUUCCUGCUUGUUCAUUUGUGGUUCGUAUAAAGCCCUGAUGAAUGCUUCUCCAAGGAACUGUCAAAACAAUUAGGGUUUAAUACAUCGACUUAUCAAGAUUUGUAAUCUUCUCCUCUCUCCUUUACAAGAGUUUUUACUUGAUUUCAGAAUUUCCUUGUAAUCUUCAAACUAACACGAGUAUUUGGGAAAAAUCUCUGUUGCAACUUGCAAUGCUAUAGGAGAAUGUUGAGAAGCAAAAAUUGUUUUUAUUCUUAUAUGAGACGGUGUCCUCCUCGCGUCAGAAAGUUUGCCUGAACUGAGACUACAUGAUUGUAUUUUAUAAUUAGAAUGAUGAUUUAAUUAUGUUUUAUUUAGUGAAAUCCUCAAAAUUUUAUAGGAAUUAGGAAUUUGAUAUGUGAUAUGAUGGGCCUACUGUCCAUUCUGCUUGUAAUUCUCAUCCAGCUCAACCAAAUGCAGAACCGUUGGAUGAUUUUAAACUUGUCUCUAAAUGAAAUUGGACGGCUGAGACACAAAUGUUAUUUAAAA